GGGGAGAAGAGACAGUGAUGCUGCAGCAGUGAAGACUGACCUGGUUUCAGUGGAGCUUCUUCAGGUGGUUUGGUCUCGUGCUGCCUUCGUUUCUCCUGACGUUGGAUCAUCUGUAGUGAUGAGAGGAGUCAGUCAGGAUCUCUGGUGCGUGGAUUAGAGCUGGUUUUCCUCUCUGUGGCGGCAGAUGUGACGAGCAGCAUCAUGGGAACUCCCAGAUAUGUCGAAUAAAAACUUCUCAGCUUGAGCCGGAGCUGGACCUCUGAAACCAAAAGAGACAAAGCAGAUGAAAAAAGGAGGAGGAGGAAAUAAAAAGUGACAAAUAAGAAGAGGACAAAGUGUGUGAUAGAGAGACAGAGGAAGGACAAGGGUGAGAUUUUAAGUGAAGGUUGGUGAUGGGCAACUGCACCAAACCAUCCAUGAAAGAUAAAAUGAAGAAGGGGGUAAUGGAGGGGUCCCAGCAGGAUAAAGUGGGGGCAGUGGGCCAGCAGGGUCUGCAGCCAGAGGGAGAGGAGGAGGUGGAUCAGGACGUGGAGGAUAAGCCGUUCAAGGAUCCUUUCGGUGCUCUGGUGAAGAACUGCAACAUGCUGCACAACAUUGUGGGCCCGGCCUGCAUCUUCCUCAAACAGGGCUUUUCUCGGAUGCUCGACCGAGAGCUGAGACCAGAGGAGAUUGAUGAGCUGCGUGAGGCAUUUGUGGAGUUUGACAAGAACAAAGAUGGCUACAUCAGUCAUAAAGACCUGGGCGAGUGCAUGAGGGCCAUGGGAUACAUGCCCACAGAGAUGGAGCUCAUCGAGCUGAGCCAGCAGAUCUGUGGGGGUAAAGUGGACUUUGAAGACUUUGUGGAGCUGAUGGGACCUAAGAUGCUGGCAGAGACAGCAGACAUGAUUGGAGUCAAAGAACUGCGAGAUGCAUUCAGAGAGUUCGACUCUAACGGUGACGGCCAGAUCAGUUUAAUGGAGCUGCGUGAGGCCAUGAAGAAGCUGAUGGGAGAACAGGUGACCAACAGAGAGAUCAACGAGAUCCUCCAAGAUGUCGACCUCAACGGAGACGGUCUGGUGGACUUUGAGGAGUUUGUGCGAAUGAUGUCCCGCUGACCGGCUCAGCUGCUCACAUGUCCGACAGAGAGACAAACAUUAUGCAACUGCUGGAGGAGAGAACACACACGACGAGUGCACAUUCUUCAUCUGCUCUUAAGAGUCUUGCAUCUAAAACUAUAUUUUUAUAUGGAAUAAAGUAAAAACAAAAAAAAAACUCUCCACGUCUGAGGUGCAACACAAACAUGAAGCAUUAUAGCAGCUGUGACACAUAUCAGAAGCUUCAUAGACAACGUUCAUGACUUUGUGCUUUUAGAUGUAUUUUUUACUCAUCUGUUUAUGCCCUUAAAGUGUUAAAAUCUUGUUUGUAAAAGUGUAAAGAUUUUUCUAAUUAAAGAAAAGUACGAACAU